UUGCCGUUGAACGUUGUGCUGCAGCAUUGCUGCUUGCUAGCUACAGUAGAUACAGUAGUCUAGCUAGGUAGUGUUGAAGAGGAAAUAUGGGUGAAGUCACGUUACAAGUUAACUGGUAUCAGACCAUACUCCAGGUCAAGGGCCCAUAAGCAUGUCCACAGAUGACAGUAUCUCUGAGGAUGUGUCCAGUCUGGGGGCCUUGAGCCACUGCCAUGCCGACACCAAUGGGGAAGGGUGCAAGGAGAGUGAAUCCUCAGAGGGCACCUCAGCAGCCUCUGGCCUGGGGCUGGGACUUGGGUUGGGGCUCUCCGAGCCGGAAGAACACAACACCCCCUCCAAUAAUGCUGGGGGAACCUUGGACGGGAGGGCCGCAGACAUUGUACCUGCAUGCAGCCUCCCCCAGAAGAUCAGGAGUCUUUGUCUGAGUACGGAGGAGGCCUUCGGGUCUGGGAAGAGUCUUCCUUUCAUCAACCCCUCUUCCCUGGAGACCCUCAGAGCCCUGGUCCAGGAGAUCCAAAGUAGCGGGGAGACUGACCCAGAGAUGUGGAAAGAUUGUGAGAGCCGAUGGUUGCAUCUGUUCCAGCUAGUAGAGAAGCAAUACCAAGAGCAGAUCCUGGCUCAGCAAGAACAGUACCAGUGCCAAAUACAGCUGAUUCAGGAUGAGAUCAAAGCCCUGGUUCAGCUCCAGAAUCGCCAGGCCAGCACACAGGCUCACCAUGAUGAUGCAUACACCCCUACUGCUACCACCAACACACAGGCUCACCAGGAUGACCCAUCUAUGCUGUCUACUGUCCCACGAGCCCAACCAGACUACUCCUCCACCCUUGCUGUGACCAGCACCAAGGUCUACCUCUCUUCACCAGCUCCCAACCCCAACCAAUCCUCACCCCCCCCGGAACUUCCCAACGGGAACACUCCCAUCGCUCUCUCUGUCCCCCGAGCUGUUCUGAGCGCCACCUCCCCUGAACCCCCACACCCUCAGCCCGGACUGGUCUCCCCGGGAGGUAAAUGUGCUGAUGUGUUUGGGGGGACGGUGCUAAGUAGUGGAUACGGGACCCUGUCUGCCUGGGGAUCAGGGCUGGAUGGUACGAAGACCCUGGGGGGAACAGAGGAGGCAAGCCAAGGUCGUGAGGAGCCUGGCUGGUCCCUUCACCUCCAGGGUGACACAAAGACUACUGUGUUUGGCCAGGAUGGUCAGCAGAGGAGUGCCUCGGCCAAUGAGGUGGCUCCUAGAGCCAAUUCUAGUCCACCCCUUGAGCAGCAGAGAACCUCCAGUCAACCCUUGACCUCCUGGGCUCAAAGACAGAGGCGCAGCAAACCCAGGAAGAGCAGGCAGGGGCAGGCCCAAUCUCCCCAGGCCUCCCUCUCAACCCUCCAGGGGGACCGUCAGAUCGGUUCCCCGCAGGAACAGCAGCCCAGUCCCAGGCAGAGCCCCAGAGACAGCCCCCUGGACAACACAGGCCUCCAGGAUCAGCAUAGGUCGGCUGCUCCCUCCUCUAGCUCCUUCCCUCUGAGGAGGACUGACAGCCUCAUGUCUGAAGCCUCAGGUCUGACUUACUGGAGACUGGAUGAGGGUGAGCUCUACCGCCCCCUACCUGACAGCUUUGAUAGUGGAGCCUAUCUCCUGCUGCAGGAGACAUCGGCCAGUCUGACAUCUCCAGAGGACCAGAAGCUUUCACUCAGAGAGAUCUACCACAACAAGCAGAGAACCACUGAGUCCAAACAUACUGAGUGGGACCACUCUCUCACCUGCAGCCCCACGUCUCCACAGAUGUUAAGUCUAGAUCCCGCAGCUAACCUCCGUCAGUCAGACCGAACCUCUGGCUUUACCUCGCCCUCCCACUUCAGCAGCCCCUCAUACCCCACCCAGCCUCACCUCUCCCCCCACGUUGACACCUCCGUCAGCCUGGACAGCACGGCUGAGGCCAGGGCAAAUCCUGGGGACACAGACUGCACCUCCAACACAUCCAGCCUGUCGGCCACCACCCCUACCCCAGCCAAGGUAGUCUCUGCCCGGAAACAUAUAAUCCCAUUGCUCCCCUCGACCUCAAAGCCCCCGGUGCUCCCUGGCGGUCAGCAUUACAGGGCCUUGGCCACUCAGACAAGCGAGGAAGAGGGGAGCAACACUCACACCAGCACCCUGAAGCAGCUGGCUGUGUCUGGAAGGCAGUUACCCUCGCACACACUGCCCCGGGGCAGCCCUCGCAUGGAGAAAGGGACAUCACUGGAAGACCCUGUGGUCAUCUCUCUGCUGAGGGAGAAGCUGAGAGAAAAACACUCUCGUCAUGUAGCUGAUCUGAAAGCUUACUACGAGGCAGAGAUCAAAGUCCUCCGGGACAAACUGGACCUGAGAGACCUGCCUCAUGACCUGGAGCAGAGCAACCACUCACUGCGACAGAGAUGUGCUCAGCUAGAGAAAGCUCUGUCCGAAGCCAGCAGCCGUAUCCAGGAGCUGGAGAAGAACAACGCCAUAUUGGAGAAACAACUGGCCGACUGGUCAAUGCGUUACAAGACAGCUUGCUCCACAGCAACGUCCCUGCAGCAACGAUUGGACGAGAGCAGACGGUCAAGCAGGGAGAAGGAAGCCUCGGUUGGUCACCUCAAGACCCGUGUCCGGCAGCUGGAGGAGGCCUUGGAGAAUGCCUGCAGAGAAACAGAGGCGAAGGAGGUCAGGCGUGAGAGGGAGUACAAGAUGUUGCAGGAUCUUCUGGGGGAGUAUGACAAUCUGAGGAAAGAGCAUGAGGGGGCGAAGGAUAAUCUGGUGUGUACUGAGAACAAGCUGUUGGAUGCUAAUGAGCAGAUCUCUGAACUAAAAAGGGUGAUCUGCAAACUGGAGAGCCAGGUGAACCAGCUGGAGCAUGAGAACCAGGCCAGGAGUCGCCAGGUCGUCCACAGUCGAACACAGGCCUCUGGAGCCGGAAUUGGGCCGUCGGUCUCCAAUCGGCUGGUCGGCUUCCAUCGUCUAUAUCACCAUCCGGAUCUGCUGCUGUCGCCCAGCAAGCACCCUCUGCAACCAGAAUCCACCUAUAGAGUGUCUCCUUGCCCUCAAACCGACCAGUCUCACAACACCAGGAAGUCCCCCUAUCCUCAAACCGACCAGUCGCAGAGUAACAGGAUGUCUUAUUGCUUGCAAACGGACCAAUCACAGAGCACCAGAAAGUCUCCCUGCUCUCAAACUGGCCAUUUAGGCAACCUAGGGCACUUUACAGACCCCAGUGGCAGCAGGAGGUGUUCGUCCCCUCCAGAGCAUGAGCUGCCCCAGGAACAGGGUGGGGCCGUGAGGGAGGCCCAAGGGCCUCUAACCCCAUUGAUGAGGGCCCUCAUAGAGCUGGAAGAGACCAGGACCACGGAGGGCCGGGCCCCCUGGAUGGGCAGCAAGAGGCCUACUGUUGGUUUCGUGAGGAGGAACUGCAGAGAAGCACCGACACCGGACAGGGGCAGGGCUAUGGAGGAAAGGGGGGGGAAUGAACAUGAUAGGGGUGUGGCUGGAUCUGAAAGAGGCAUGGCCAGUCUGAGUAGAGCAAGGGAUCCACCUCUCCAGGGUGGGGCUUCUCCUGGAAGAGGUGUAUCCGGUCCAGAGACAGGAAUGUCCGAGGCAAUCAGAGGGAUGUCUCUGCUCCGAGCCCAGAGAAGUUUGUCUCCAGAAGGCCACAGAUCCUCCUCUCUGCCCCCCCGUGCCCAGAGGGCCACCUUCCCCCCUGCCACACCCACAAAGAGAGAGACAAUGAUGAUGCCUCUCUCAGCGAAGUCCAGCCCCAAACGCAGUCCCUCAGAAAACUACUCCACAGCCUUUGGCACCCCUUUACCACGACAACAGCUACACAACAGGUUUGAUGUGGCGUUAGACCAGAGACGGCACUCUUUUCACAACUCCAGCCCCAGGAAGAGGCUGUUUCCAGAAGCCUCCCAGAGGUCGUCUGGUGGUUCGGUGCAGACGUCAGGUAGUGUUGACCCACAGGAGGGUGUCUGUGGCCUGGGCUGGGAGGAGCAAGGGUCUGGGAGUUCAGGAUCAGACCUCCAGGACCUGGAAACAGACAUUCAGACCAGGCUCCACUCCCUGGCAGAUGCAGAGAGGUUGUUUGACGAGCUCACUAUGGAGAAACAACAGAUUGAGUCAGCAUUGAGUCGGAUGCCUGGAGCUGGUGGGAGGGUGAGCCUUCAGACCAGGUUAGAUGAGGUGGCCUUAGAGAACCGUCUGGAGAGAGUGAACCGUGACCUGGGUUCCAUCCGCAUGACCCUGAAGAGGUUCCACGUUCUACGCUCCUCUGCCAAAAUAUAGUUGUUGUUGUUUUAGGUUAUUAUUUUAGAGCCUGAAGCCUUUCUGAUCAGGUUACAUGGUCCAAAAAAACAGCUGGCUUCCGUUUGGUAACAAAUCCAGAUUGUCCAUGUAACACUCUCCUAGCUCACUUGUACAUGACCCACAGAGUCUUUUUUACACAUAACUCUGUAAUAUUUUUGUAUAUGUUUGAAAGAGCUCACAAUUUUUCAAGUAUAUUUUUAGAAAUGUGCAGAUUUGUAAAGUCGUUUACUUUUUUUAGACAUUUAAAAAGAGAAAUUAUUAUUUACCUGCCUUGUUCAGGUAAGUGUAGAUUUUUAUAUAAACUAUCUAAUGAUUAGUAUGAAUAUGAAUGCAAAACCUCUUAAUAAACAGCUGAGAUAUUCACCCAUCUGGAAUGUACCACUGCCAUCUUCACUCUCAACAUAUUUAUACACGGUGUAUGUCUUUAUCCCCCAUAGACUGCAUUUUAUUUUUUACAUUCCUGGUGCAUUUUAAAUAUGUUGAUAGCAUAUGUGUUAUGUUAAAAGCAGAACAUUUUUGCUUUACUAAGCUAAUAUUGUUUUUACAAGUGUCAUUAUUACUUUAAUAUAUUUCACAAAAACCUUAUUUUAGCAAGAUUGAGGUUUUACUUUUCUCUUAUCUCCUAUUCUACUUGGAACAUACAGUAGUCAGUUUGUGUUCAGUCUCUGACCACCCCCCCAUCCUAUUGACCUCUUGCCAAAACAAAACCAGCACACAUUUGUCAUAUAUACCCCCAGUAAAAAAAAAAUACAAAUAGACAUUGCUUAUUGUAAUGCAUGGAAUGUCUACAGUAGCUUGUUGGACUGGUUUUGUUUCUUUGGUCAUGUUAUUAAGCAUUUUGCAAUGACUUCACUUGAACCCCACUGGAACUAAAAUGUACUGUUCUCUCAUAAUAAAUGAUACAUUAUUACAA